AUGGGUUUGUUGACCUCCAAAGAAGCUAAAAGGAAACAUGCUCGCAUUUUGAUGUUGGGCCUGGACGCAGCGGGUAAAUCCACUUUGUUGUACAGAUUAAAAUUCGGAGAUACUGAAUUUUUCACAUCCACCACUAUAGGCUUCAACGUGGAAAUGCUGGAGCAUAGUAAAAGCGUUACCCUUACACUUUGGGAUAUUGGAGGACAGCACAAGAUGCGACAGUUUUGGCCGUAUUAUUUUCAAGACACCGAUGGGCUUGUUUUUGUUGUGGACAGUGCAGAUAAGGAGCGGAUGGAAGAUUCCAAGAGAGAAUUUGAACGGAUGCUAAAAAACGACUGGUUGAAAGGCAUUCCCGUGGUGGUCAUAGCAAACAAGCAAGAUCUUGCCGAAGCGCUGUCUACAGAGGAAAUCACCAAACGUUUCCACAUGAAUAGAUGGUGCUCAGAUCGAGACUGGUAUGUACAGCCAUGCUGUGCCAAAACGGGGGAAGGGUUAACGGCAGCCACUAAGAUGAUAAUCUCAUACGUCAAAAAGAAAAUGAACUCUAAAAGCGAAGAAACGGGCAGUGAUAUUCAAGAGGACAGGUUAUAAUUAAUGUUCCAAACGUUGUAAUAUUGUGGUGAUUCUUGAUAAUCUUUUCGAUGAAACUACAAACACGAACGGUUCACCUAUUUUGUAGUAAUAGUGAUUAGACUGAACCUAAAAUCCGACGAUUAAGAAUUCUAAGGCUGCCAAAUCGGAACAGAUAAGAAAGAAUAUCGAAAGAAAUUGUUGUCAUCACAUUGGUAUUGCAGAAACUGUAGUUGCCAUACCUUCAACUGCCUGGACCCGAAGCGGUUCAUAUCCAUCUGUACACAGCUCCCACCCCCAUCUUCUCCUUUCAAAUCUCUCCUUAACACCUACAUCCUUGAUUGUUUCUGUCAUCUGUACUAACAUAUUCUGAUGUGGCGAGAGCCUCGCAUCAAGCCUUUUGGUAUGUUUACUUUAAAGUGUUAUACAAAUGCAUGUUGAUGGUGUGACAGGUAUAAUCUUUGUUACUUUAAAGGGGUCUGUGAGGUCAGUCUUUUAAAUAAAUUAUUUUUAACUUCUGUCUCGAAA